CGAAAUUCAUCAUCUCUCUCGCAUUGAUUCUUUCUUCUAACUCUCAAAGAAUCAACGCAAGACUUCAAGAAAUCGUCAUGGUGUCACCGGGACGGAGUGAAUCUAUCUCCGGCGAGAACAAUACAACCCUUCCCGACGGAAGCAGCGGCAAGAGAAUUCCUCCAUCGUCUCCUUCCGGAGACAAAUCUCCUUCAUCUAAACGCUCAAAGUUGGGAGAUGGCAGCGGCGCUUCUACCGAUAGCAGUGAAGCUCCAACCUCCGAAGACGCCAAGAUUGCCGAAGGCUUAACACCGACUUUGCCAGAUAGUUCUUUUUCGGGAUGGACAUAUCGACACUGUACAUUUAAGACCCCAUGGUGUAAAUUGCUAUCACAGUCUGCAAAGCAACAAAACCUUUGCCUUUAUGAAUCUUCAUGCACUUUUGGUUCUUGUUUAACCUCCGACUUCACAUUACAUGACCGGAAUCUCGGUGCAUUUUUGUGCAAGAUCACAAGAAUUCAGCGCAAUGGCAAUGUUGUAGCGGUUCUAGAUAUCACAGGAACCGGGGGACCUCUGCGGAUAAAUAAAGCAUUUGUCAUCAAGAAUGUCAGCCAUGAGCUACACUCUGGUGACGAAUUGGUUUUCGGUUUAAACAGGAGCUAUGCUUUCAUAUAUCAGCAGAUGUCUAAAGUUACAGUCAUAUCUGGUGGGGAACAGGUUCCUGCAGGAAAAUUUCUACAGUUAGAGAGAGAGGCAAGAGAUCCAUCAAGAGUUUCGAUGUUGGCAUCGCUUGAAAUCUCGCGUGAGAAUCCUGCUACUUCUGGGGUCCAAGAAGGCGUGGAAGGAUAUUUUCCUGUUAACAAUCAAAGUAAUAAAGCUGCAGACAGUGGAGUAGUCAUCAGCCACAACCAAGAUUCCAAAAUGGAGAUAUUAGAUGAGGAAAACGAGGUGACAAGAAACCGGAGGGCACAACAAGCUGCAAAGUUCAGGGAAUAUAUUCGAGCUGGUAUUGUUGACGGCAAAAGAUUGGAAUUUUCAUUCGAAAAUUUUCCUUAUUAUUUGAGUGAGCAUACAAAGUAUGUCUUACUAGCUGUUUCAGAUAUGCAUCUGAAUAAGAUGAAUAUAGGAUAUGCCCCAUAUGCAUCCGACUUGACCAUUUUGAAUCCAAGGAUAUUGCUUUCUGGUCCUGCAGGGUCUGAAAUAUACCAAGAGAUAUUAGCUAAAGCACUUGCCAAUUCAUUCAAUGCGAAAUUGCUAAUAUUUGACAGCAAUCCAAUUUUGGGGGUUAUGACUGCUAAAGAAUUUGAGUCACUGAUGAAUGGACCUGCGCUCAUUGAUCGAGGAAAAAGCUUAGAUUUGUCAUCAGGUCAAGGAGAUUCAUCUAUCCCUUCUCCUGCUACUUCUCCCCGUUCAUUUGGAACUCCAGUGAAUCAUAAUUUGAAGAAAGGGGACAGGGUAAGAUUCUUCGGUGAUGAGUUGUGUCCGGGGCUACCUACCUCAAGGGGACCACCUUAUGGGUUUAUAGGGAAAGUACUGUUAGUAUUUGAUGAGAAUCCUUCAGCUAAAGUGGGUGUUAGAUUUGAGAAUCCAGUACCUGAUGGAGUUGAUCUUGGUCAACUGUGUGAAAUGGGACAUGGGUUCUUCUGCAGUGCUACUGAUCUUCAGUUCGAAAGCUCGGCAUCUGACGAUCUAAAUGAAUUACUUGUUACCAAAUUGUUUGAGGUUGCCCAUGAUCAGAGCAGAACUUGUCCGGUUAUUAUAUUUUUGAAAGAUGCUGAGAAAUAUUUUGUUGGAAAUUCCCAUUUUUGCUCUGCAUUCAAAAGCAAACUUGAAGUUAUCUCAGAUAACCUAAUUGUGAUCUGUUCCCAGACACAUUCUGAUAAUCCCAAGGAGAAGGGUAUUGGACGUCUAACGGAUCUCUUUGUGAAUAAAGUUACUAUAUACAUGCCACAGGGUGAGGAACUUCUUAAAUCUUGGAAGUAUCAUUUGGAUCGUGAUGCUGAGACUUUGAAAAUGAAGGCUAAUUACAAUCACUUGCGCAUGGUGUUGGGACGAUGUGGUAUAGAGUGUGAAGGCAUUGAGACGCUGUGCAUGAAGGAUCUCACACUUCGAAGAGACAGUGCAGAAAAGAUCAUUGGAUGGGCUCUUAGUCACCAUAUAAAGUCUAAUCCUGGUGCUGAUCCAGAUGUUAGGGUUAUUUUGUCUCUUGAGAGCUUAAAAUGUGGAAUAGAACUCUUGGAAAUUGAAUCUAAGAAGUCUCUCAAGGACAUUGUGACAGAAAAUACGUUUGAAAUAAGUGAUAUUAUUCCGCCCAGUGAAAUUGGUGUUACAUUCGAUGACAUUGGGGCACUUGAGAAUGUCAAAGACACUUUAAAGGAACUGGUUAUGCUUCCUUUUCAAUGGCCUGAACUUUUCUGCAAGGGGCAAUUAACAAAGCCUUGUAACGGAAUUCUCUUAUUUGGACCUUCUGGAACUGGAAAGACCAUGCUUGCAAAGGCAGUGGCAACGGAAGCUGGUGCUAACCUCAUCAACAUGUCAAUGUCAAGGUGGUUUAGUGAGGGUGAGAAAUAUGUCAAAGCUGUCUUUUCGUUGGCUAGUAAAAUUUCCCCAAGCAUUAUCUUUUUGGACGAGGUGGAAAGCAUGCUACAUCGGUACAGGCUGAAGACGAAAAAUGAGUUCAUAAUAAAUUGGGACGGUCUGAGGACAAAUGAAAAGGAACGUGUUCUGGUUCUUGCAGCCACAAAUAGACCUUUUGACCUUGACGAGGCUGUCAUUAGAAGGUUGCCUCAUAGGUUGAUGGUGGGACUACCAGAUGCUCGUAGUAGAUCAAAGAUAUUGAAGGUGAUACUUUCAAAAGAAGACUUGUCCCCUGAUUUCGAUAUUGAUGAGGUUGCUAGUAUGACAAAUGGAUAUUCUGGAAACGAUCUUAAGAAUCUAUGUGUUACUGCUGCCCGCCGUCGAAUCAUAGAGAUAGUGGAGAAGGAAAAAAGUGAGCGAGAUGCUGCUGUGGCUGAAGGCAGAGUUCCUCCAGCUGGAAGUGGAGGUUCUGAUCUCCGAGUUUUAAAAAUGGAGGAUUUCAGAAACGCACUCGAGCUGGUGAGUAUGAGCAUCUCAUCAAAGUCUGUCAACAUGACAGCGCUUCGACAAUGGAACGAAGACUACGGGGAAGGUGGAUCCAGAAGGAAUGAAUCAUUCAGCCAGUACGUGUAGGAUUGAGUCUACUUCAGAAGCAGAAUGUGUUGUAUAUAAUAUGUUCACGUGAAUAGAUAGAUAGUCAUAAAACAGUAUAAACUAUAAAGGUAUAGUGAGUUCUGACAGAAUAACAGGUUUUAGUCGGAGUUUUGAUACAAACCUGUCAGGUUCGGUCACUGGUAGUUUCAAAUGACUUAUAUUCUUGUCGUAGUCACAUUUCAACAAUUUGUUUUAGCUUAAAUAGUUAAUAACGG